AUGGGAAGAACGCCUUGUUGUGACAAGAAGGGUUUGAAGAAAGGUCCAUGGAUUCCUGAAGAAGAUCAGAUUCUUGUUGAGUAUAUCAACAAAAACGGCCAUGGAAGCUGGAGAACACUUCCUAAGCUUGCAGGUUUACUUCGUUGUGGAAAGAGUUGUAGACUGAGAUGGACAAAUUAUCUAAGACCAGACAUAAAGAGAGGUCCUUUCACUCCAGAGGAAGAGAAACUUGUUGUCCAGCUUCACGCCAUUCUCGGCAACAGGUGGGCUGCUAUAGCAGCACAGCUUCCAGGAAGAACAGACAACGAGAUCAAGAACUUAUGGAACACACAUUUGAAGAAGCGUCUUUUAUGUAUGGGUCUUGAUCCAAAAACACAUGAGCCAUUACCAUCAUUUGGGUUAGCUAAACAAGCUCCAGCUUCACCAACAACUCGUCACAUGGCUCAAUGGGAAAGUGCUAGACUUGAAGCUGAAGCUAGGCUUUCUAAAGAGUCAAUGCUUUUUACUACUCCUUGUUCCUCUGGUCUUGUUAAAACUGAUUGUGAUCACUUCUUACGCAUUUGGAACUCUGAGAUUGGUGACUCUUUUAGAAACCUUGCUCCUUUUGAUGAUUCAACUACUAGUCAAAGCCCUUGCUCUCGGACAACAACUUCUUCAUCAUCUGCACUUCAAAAGAGCUCAACAAAGUCUUGUGGUGGGAAAGAGAUUGUUCGCUCUGGUUCUUCUAUGUGUUCGAAUGAUCUCGAGGGAGAUUCGACGGAUUCUGCUCUUCAGCUUCUCCUUGACUUUCCGAUAAGUGAUGAUGAUAUGAGUUUCUUGGAAGAGAACAUUGGUAGCUACACCGAGUCUCAUGAUUUCUAA